GUAAUAAUAUGGACGUCGGUUCCCUCUUCGCUCUAAAGAACGCGAAAGGGAAGAAGAAGGCCCCGGCGGGCACUUCUGCCAGGGAGGGGCCCUCUCAACCUGCUGUCGCCGCUGCUGGCGCCGGAGGGUCCAAGGGUGCGGGGCCCGUGAAAAAGAAGAACGCCGGCAAGGGGACCGAGCCCCCGGCCAAGAAGCCGAAGACUAACGCCCCUGCCAAACAGCCGAUCACCGAUGUGGUGGUGAUCGUUGAUGAAGGGCACGCCUCUGCCUCCACCCCCCAGGAACAAAUCAAUCAGGAGUUCUUUGGGCGGGAGAAGUUGGAGGCGUUAGUACCGAAGAGAGCCUCCGUGUUGGAGGGCAGUCUGAACCCUUCGGCUCUGAUGAGCCAGAUGCUGCCGUCGGCUGACCGACUAGCCCUUGCCCGGUUGGACGAGGGAUCCCUCGAGGCGAAGGUCCUCCUGAAUGCUGCCUCCAGCUUUAUGGGCCUCUGCGAGCAUCUCCGGAGGGUGGAGCAAAUGAGGGAGGCCAAGGGUGUAGCCGAGGGGGAGGCCGCCCUCCUCAGGAAGAAGCUUGUCGAAGUUGAGGACUCUCUUCGUCUGGCCACCGACGGCUUGGAGCAGAGGGUGCAGGCUGCAAGGGCUGAAGGGGUUAACGAGGGACUGUCCAGGGCCGUCUCCAAGGCCCGAGAGGAUGCGGUGACCAGCUUCACAGCCGAGGGGUGGAAGGCUGAAGACCGGAGGGAGUGGCUUGCUUCGGUGGUGGGGGCUUCGGUGGACGAGUGGGUCGGAGGCCCCGGAAAGAUGUGGCUUGCUGAGAGGGGCGACUCGUACUACCAAGGCGGGGAGUUCUUCACCCAACGCCUUAUCUACCGGAAGCUUGCGAAGCACUUCCAGGUGGCACCGUUGGAGUUCCAUCCAGAGGCUUAUGGCCUCCCCCCUCGCCAGCCAGACAUCAGGAUCCCGCUCCCCGAGGGGGAAGAGAGGCCAGUUCUUGAAGACUCGGAGACCCUCCGGGAGUGCGGCCUCGGGGGUGAAGAGGAUGAAUCCGAGAGCGAGGCAAUAUCCACAGUCCCCCCUUCUUGAAUUGUAUUCCCCCUUUUGUGUUGUAAUUGUUGGCCUCGGCCCCUUUUGUAAAGUACAUUUAAACUUCCUUUUUUUUGGAUGAAUGAGCACAUAUGCC